UUUUUGAUGAAUGAAUGAGACCACGAGCUUAUUAUAGCAAGUGCCAACAUCAGUAACAUGCCUUCCGGUCACCGUUUUCAAAAUAAACGCCUUUAAGGAGCACCGAGGGUUGUGGAAAAUAUAAAUAUGGACAUCAGUUUGAGAAGAUGUAGAUGCACGUCCUCUUGUUUUAAGCCAUGGAGAGCCUCGUGCAUUACAGCAAUCCCUCCCAUGCCCUGUCAGUGUUGGGUGUUCUGAACGAGCAGCGGCUGCGGGGUCAGAUGUGUGAUGUAGUCCUGGUGGUGGCAGACCAGAGGUACCAGGCCCAUAAGAGUGUUCUGGCUGCCACCAGUGAGUAUUUCCAGUCCCUGUUCACACGGAUGGACACAGAGUCACUGAGAGUUGUAAACCUGGACUUCUGCGAGCCUGACGCCUUCGAGAUAGUUCUGAAUUACAUUUACUCCUCCUCACUUUUUGUCGAUAAAGGCAGCCUGGCAGCCAUUCAAGAGCUGGGCUACAGCCUUGGAAUCCCUUUCCUCACCAACAUUGUGUCAACAAGGCCGCACGCAUCCUACUGUGUGUCCAGAAAAAGGCUCUCGUUCUCAGAAGGGGAUGAAAACGAUGUCCAGACAAGGAGCGUCAUUGUGCGUCGGGUCCGGAAUGACACAACCCAUUCCUCUCGCUCAAGUUAUCAGAGAAAAACAUCAGCGAGAUCGUCAUCUCCCCUCUCUACUCGGGAGUCGGCUCUGCCUCAACACAACUCAUAUGAAUCAGUGAGAGAAUCCAUCAGCCGGAAAUCAUCGGAGCAGAGUGAAGCUGCUGAUAGGAAGUCCACCUAUCCAUACAGCUCCAUAUUGAAAGGGAAUUCAUCGCACGUCACGUCUGUUAGACCCCAGCUGACAUCAUCGGUGUCUUUCAGUGAUGCUGAAGUGCAGCACAUCAGGCUGCAAUCUGGCUCCGACCAGGACGUGAAGGAGGAGAACGAGGACCCCCACUAUCACACCAAAGUGCCCUUUCCGGGUCAGGCGACUGAGCCGAGCCAGACCAUUGACAGGAGCGGGCCGCUCAUAAAAAGCUUGCUCCGAAGAUCAUUAUCCAUGGACAGCCCAGUUCCAGUCUUCUCGCCCACGCUGGAACUCAAGGAGCUGCAAAAUCGCGAACAGUCGGUCGUUAAAAUGGCAUCAAAAGGGCCGGAGACAUCUGCUCACAACGGCAAUUCAAAAAGAACAUCCCCCGUGGUUCUCAGGUCAAAGUACCCCAGCAGGUAUGAUGAAAAAACUCAGGUAGAGAGAGAAGUCAGUGUGAAAGCUGAGCCAAGCAGUCCGCUCGCUGACCCCAUGGACAUUAUUCGAAUCACAGUCGGAGAUGCGUUGCCAGUCAAUCUGAAAGACUUGCAAACAAAUUACGACCAAGGUUCAAGGCCGGACUUUAGCUCUUUUGGGAAAAGAAAGGACAGGCCAGACAACAGACGGUACCCGUUCAAGAAGAGCAAAAUAUUCAAAGAACAUACCCUCUCACGUGAUGAGGACAUGUCAGAAACAGUACCUCAGAGUGCCAGCAGCGACUCGAAUGAAAACAGUGGGGAGCCACCUCAGAACAAGAUUUUUAAAUGCUGGAACUGUUUAAAGGUUUUCCGGUCCAGCGCCGGACUGCACCGCCAUGUAAAUAUGUAUCACAACCCCGAAAAGCCGUAUGCUUGCGACAUCUGCCACAAGCGCUUCCAUACCAACUUCAAAGUGUGGACUCACUGCCAAACUCAGCAUGGUGUAGUACAAAACCCAGCCUCGUCCUCCAGCUCCUCGGUGCUGGAUGAGAAAUUUCAAAAGAAGUUGAUAGAUAUUGUGCGAGAGAGGGAAAUAAAGAAAGCCUUGCUGUGGAAGUUGAAGAGGAAUAAGCAGGGUUUGCAAUCUCCUGCACUCGCCAAAAAGAGAUCAAGACCCAGCUUCAUAUGUCCGUACUGCGGGAAAGUAUUCGUGUUCCAGUCGCAGUACAGGCAGCAUUUACGGACGCAUCCUGCUGAAAAGGCCGACCAGGACUCUACGAACGAGAGCAUCGUCUACCAGGAGCAGGAUGAGAAUACGCAACAGAAGGACGCAGAUGCUGGUGUUUACUCCUGUAGACUUUGCAACAUGAAGCUCUCUUCACUCUUUGAGCAGGGCGACCACGAGCGGGGCUGCCGACAUGCAACUGUGUGCCCCUACUGCGGCCUCCGAUUCUCAAGUCCGACGGUCAAGAAGGACCACGAGGCGCAUUGCAAAUACAAGAAACUGACGUGCCUGGAAUGCAUGCGGACCUUCAAGUCCUCCUUCAGCAUAUGGCGCCACCAGGUGGAGGUCCACAACCACAACAUGAUGACGGUGAAAGAUCAGAUGCACCUGAAGCAGCAAGAGAACAGCGAGGAGGUGUCUGAGAUGCUCGGGGAGGAGCAUUACAGCGAUGAGCCUCUAGCACCCGGGAGCUCAAGAGAGAACAUCGCCUACAGUGACUCCUCAGGUCCGCCCAUGUACGACUCAGAAGACUCCUCCUAUGUGCCUGAGGACCUGAGCAUGGGCCAUCAUGGCAAGCUGGUGGUAAAAGAGGAGCCGUUAGAGGAGGCUGUGAGUGAGAUGGAAAACACAGAGGCUGCCAAAACUGGGCCCGAGGAACCCGGCGUGUGGCCAUGCGAGAAAUGCGGAAACCUUUUCAGCUCUCGCAAAGACCUGGAACGCCACCAGGAGCUGCUAUGCCACAUUAAACCUUUCAUCUGUCACAUCUGCAACAAAGCCUUCAGGACCAACUUCCGCCUUUGGAGCCACUUCCAGUCUCACAUGUCGACCGCUAACGAACCUGGAGCCAAAGAGAUCGACAGACACCCCUCACCUUUGUCUCCCUCCCCUCCCACGACCCCUCAAAACUCUGAGCGCCCUCCCCCGCAGGCCUCCGUGCUCAAAUCCACCCAGACUGCGCCAGCCGCCACAACAAUCGCAGAGGAGUCCAGCAGCCCAGAGCCCUGUAGCUCAUCCAAGACGAAGAGGCCCGAACUGGAGCGGCAAGCCAGCAGCCACAGCCCUCUGUCAAGGUCAAACAGCAUGGAGAACCCAGGUGGCCCUCAGGAAUCAGACACGCUCUUUUACCACGCGCCGUCCCUCUCUGCGCUGACGUUUAAGAGGCAGUACAUGUGUAAACUCUGUCACAGGACCUUCAAGACGGCCUUCAGUCUCUGGAGCCACGAGCAGAGCCACAGCCACGUGUAAGCAUCACAAAAAAGUAGUGCAUUUCUCUCUCAAGAGACAAUUUAAUAUUAGAAUCAGACACCUCAGCCUAUGAACGGAAGACUUUGAAUGUAUAGCGUAUUUGCUUGCCUCCAAUGUCAUAUAUAUUGAAGUGGCCGUGUUUAUUAGAGAUUAAAACGUGAAUGUGCAAUCAAGUGCUAGAUUCCUCUGUGAAAGAGAGAUGAUUAUUACUGGUUUAUUUUCAAAAUGAACUUCAAGCAUUUAUCUAUUUUAAACCUCUUUUAGUUGUCUACCUGUAUUAAUCUAUCUAGGUGUUUUGAGAAAACAAGGUAUAGAGUUGCAUCUCGUUACUUCAGUGGUACCAUAAUGAAGUUAAAGGUCCAGUGUGAAGAUUUUAGGGGGAUAUAUUGGCGGGAAUAGGGUAAGUAUGUUUUCUCGAGAGUAAAAUCUCCAGAAAAUAAGAAUUUUUGGGGGUUUUUUGCGACAUAGGGAGUGGGUUCUCACCCACGGAGUCUAUCAUGUUGCACCGCCAUGUUUUUUUGUUUUUCAUGAAACUGUGUUUUUUAGUGAUUUAAAUCCCCCUGUCAGUUUUGGAGAGGAAGAGACCUCUGGAUAAUUUGGCUCAUGGUGACAGCCUCCUGAAACGUCUGGAUUUUCAGUUAUCAAAGAAAAAAUUUGUUAGCAGGCCCAUCUCCAGCAUGCCAAACAGCAACUAUAAACACUAAUUUGUAAUGUAAAAAUCUCUUUAUUCAGUGUUUUUUUUUUUUGAAGGUUUGAAGUUAUUGGAGAAAAAAGGUGAGAAAAAAUAAGCAGAUUCUGUGCUAGCAGCCGAUCUCUGACAGGCCAAACAGCUUCAU